CCAGCAUCCUUAAGACCACAGAGCUUUGAGCGACCAUGGGGCUCUCCGAAAGGAAGAACAAGCAAAGGAUCGGGCUCGAUCCUCGGAAUCUGACAUGGUCAAAUGACACGUCGAGAUUUUCAUACCAGCAUCUCAAAUCUCUCGGGUGGUCUUCGUCGUCCGGGAUCGGCGGCUCAGGCCUAGACGGGAACCCAAAUCACAUUGCAGUCGUCAAGAAGCUCGACAAUGGAGGUAUUGGAAUGGCUCGAGCGAGGAAAGAAGGUGACGACAAUGCUGCUGGUGCUGGGCCAGCGGGAAGAAAUUUUGAAGACGUCCUCAAGCGAUUGGCUGGGAACAGUCCGAGCGAGAGUCCAUCUGGAGCCAGUACGCCAGUAGAGCAGGCAGUAGAGAAGAAGAGAAACAAGAUUGCCUCCCGUCAAAAGCAUCUGCAAUCGAAACGCUUGGCCAGCUCGUCCCCAGCAGCUCUAGCUGAGAUACUCGGUGUGCCCGUCUCCUCACUCCCGGCCAGUCCGCUGCAAUCGACGCCUACAACCCCGGCUCCUGUCGACACCCCGUCGCCAGCGACGCCUUCCGAUCCCACCGAGCCCGAACGCACAGUUGAAGAGGGUAUUUCCAAAUCCACACUUUCCGUUUCAGACUACUUUAGACAGAAGAUGAGGGAUAAAAUGAAGGCAAGGCAAGGCAUGAGCGGGGACUCUCCGGGCCCACCCGCUGAGCCCUUGGCUCUUAAAGGAACCGAUCCGUGGGAGGGAUCCAGAACAACCUUUGAAGAGACGGAAAGUGGAGAGGGCAGCAGCUCCAGUCCAGCGGUGAAUCCUACUGCUACCACUGUGACCGCCGACGAUGAAAAGGCCGCUAAGAAGGCGAAGAAGGAAGCGAGGAGACAGAAGAAGAUGGCGAAAACGAGCGAUGAAGGCGUCACUGCAAACGCCAACGCGGGCACGAGCGACAAUCUGCCCGCUUUACCAGCAGUCGUUGAGGGCCCAUCGAAAAAGGACAAGAAGGAGAAGAAGAAGCGGAAGCUUGAGACAGAACAGGACGUGACCGAAGUCGUUGAAUCAUCGUCAGAUCGGGACGAGAAAAAGAAGAAGAAGAAGAGCAAGAAGAAGUAGAGCCCAGGCGUUUCACAACUAUCACUACUUUCCUGUUUCUGUACAUAUUCGCUGUUGUCUGCAUUUUCACCUGCUUCAGAACCCGUCCAGUGCUCAAUCUGGCUUCUGCUCUCUAUCUCAAUAGUUCUCGCGAACGCAAAGUCUAGCGUCAACUCGAUCCGAUGGUCUCCGACUUUGCUCA